AUGAGCAUGAACGCCAUCAUCACGCAAGGUAUCUCGAACGCUGCCGUCAAGCAGGUGGAAGUACCCAAGCUUGCGCCUCGCUCUAUCAAAGUCAAGGUUCUGGCGAAUGCUCUGAACCCGACGGACUGGAAGCACUUGGAUUACGUGGGCCGUGCGGGCACGACUGUUGGCUCUGACUUCGUCGGCACUGUCGUGGAAAAGGCACCAGAUGCAGGCACAUCGGUCCAAGUGGGUGACCGCGUGGCUGGCUGCGUGCACGGUGGCUGGGAAGAAGGCGUCGGUGCGUUUGCCGACUACGUCGUUACUGUCCCUGAGGCAGUUGUGGCGGUACCCGAAGCCAUGAAGACUGAGGAAGCCGCUGGUCUGGGUGUGGCUGGAUUCACCGCACUCCUUGGUAUGUUCCAGGACAAGCAUCUUGGCCUCCCGCAGCCCACAAGCACGGAUGUGCCGCCCGUGGACCCUAAGCUCAAGGUGCUGGUCUGGUCUGGUGCUUCGUCGGUGGGUCAGUUUGUCAUUCAGAUUGGCCGUCUCAUUGGUGCCUAUGUGAUCGUCACUGCUUCUAAGAAGCACGAGGCGUGGCUCAAGUCGCUGGGUGCGGCGGAAGUGCAUGACUACGCUGAUGCUGAGACGCCUAAGCGUAUUGCUGGCGCUCACCCUGACAUUAAGUACGCGUUCGACACGUACUCGAUGAAUGGCUCGCAGGAAACCAUUGCCGGUAUCCUGACCAAGGAAGAGGAGAACAGGAUCGUCUCGAUUCUGUCGGUUGACGAAGCUCGCGUGAAGCAAAUCAACCCCAAGACCAAGGCCACGUUCUUCAUCCUCUACACUGUGUCCGGCAAGAGGACGGAAAUCUUUGGUGCUCUCUUCGAGGAAGACUACUGCAAAGAAGAUGCUGAAGCGCUGGCUAAGGUGUGCAGCGGCAAGGACGGCUUGUUCUACAAGCUCCUGUCUUCGGGUGCAGUGAAGCCGAACCGUACCAGCGUGCAGUCGGGCGGCUUCUCUGGUAUGUUCCAGGGUAUGGACGCCAUGCGUCAAAACAAGGUGUCUGGCGAAAAGCUCGUCUACCCUCAUGCCUAA